AGGUGUUUGGGCUCAAGUCCAGCCUUUUUUUGAUGCCCCUUUCGAAAUUCACCAGGACCUCUAAGGUGUUGUUGAUUUUGACUUUGCUGGUGGAAGGCACCACUUGCAUACUUUUAAGACUUUGACGAAGCACAAAUCCUGCCUUCGAUGGAACUCCCAUGGCCGCUCCAUCGGACUCAAAGGGCUUGACCUGGCGUUUGCUCGGUGCCAGGCUUGGUGAUCGUCACAUCUUGGCUCUCCCAGCAAAAGAACUGAAGAAAUUGGGAUUGACACAAGGCGAUGUUCUCCUUCUUCGUGCCAAUGGUUGCCAGACGGUUGCCGCUUGUGAAGCUGGAGGUCGAGAAGGAGGCUUGCUCCUGAGCAGCACAGCUCGCCUGUCUCUUGCUGCAAAUGAUGGAGAUGAGAUUUUGGCGAUCAGCGAUUUUGAAGCUGAAGAGGCUGCUGAAAUCUGUCUAGAAAUCUCCAGUGUCUUUGCAGGGGCCUGGUCUUCAAUGGCUGGUGGACUGGAACUCAACAAGUACUUGAAAGCCGUGCUGGAUGGGACGCUCCUGUGCACAGGAGAUAUUCGGAAUAUUUCCCUCAAUGGUCAAGCCUGGGAGAUUCGAAUUUCGGGAAUUCAGGGCAAGGCCCCUUUGUCGAAGCCAAGAGAUGCCGAUGACUGGAAAGGCCCUUGGUUGGCCACGAAGAAGACCUCUCUUCGAGUCACAAGCAAGGCGGAGAGUCGAGGAGAGGGAUCUCAGAAAACAGACCCCUGGGGUUUCUCUCUGGUAGGAGGAUUGUCUGCUGUCAUUGAAGAACUCAGAGAAGCAGUUCAGUUUCCUCUACAAAAUCCCAAGCUCUACCGGCAGAUGGGGAUUUCCCCGCCACGGGGAGUACUUCUCUAUGGACCACCAGGCACUGGUAAAACCUUGUUAGCAAGAAGCUUGGCGGAAGAGCUGGACUGCCCUUGUGAGCUCAUGGCGGCCACGGAUUUAGUAGGCACCGGAGUUGGUGAGUCGGAAGAGAGGAUUAAAUCAGCGUUUGAGAGUUGCAGGCAGCAGGCCUUUGACCGUGGAACUGGCGCACUGCUUUUCAUUGAUGAAGUUGACGCGGUUUGUCCCAAACGAGACGAUGCAAGUGAAGUUGAGAGAAGAAUGGUUGCAGCCUUCCUGACCGCCCUGGAUGGAGUGCAUUCGGGGGACAGCGUUGUGGUCUUGGGGGCGACCAACCGUCCGGAUGCCAUUGAUCCUGCACUGCGACGUGCGGGGCGUUUGGAGCGUGAAAUUGAAGUUGGUGUUCCAAACUCUGAAGAGCGACUGGAGAUCCUUCAUGUGCACUUGUCAAAGCUCCGUCAUUCUUUGAGCGAAGAACAGCAGCGGGAGCUGGCCAGGAGAUGUCAUGGAUAUGUGGGUGCGGAUCUCCGUGCUCUGUGCACCGGUGCAGCUCGUGGGGCACUUCGAAGGGGCAAAGAACAGAUCGAUUUGGAAUGUUGCUUUGAGGCUUGCCGACAGGUACCUCCAUCUGCUUUGAAAGAGCUCUUGGUAGAGGUCCCAGAAGUGACAUGGGAUGAUAUCGGUGGUUACGAGAAGACAAAGGAAGCUUUGAAAGAAGCUGUGGAGUGGCCGAUUCAGCAUGCCUGGGCGUUUGAGUCUAUGAGCAUGGAGGCUCCACGGGGUGUGCUUCUUUAUGGACCACCUGGUUGCUCCAAGACCAUGAUGGCAAAAGCGGUGGCAACUGAGACUGAGAUGAACUUCAUCUCGGUGAAAGGUCCAGAGCUCUUUUCCAAGUACGUGGGCGAAAGCGAGCGCGCGGUGCGUGAGGUGUUCCGCAAAGCACGGGCAGCCUCGCCCUGCGUCAUUUUCUUUGAUGAGGUGGACUCCCUUGGAGGAAGCCGAGAGAGCGAAGGCGGUGGGGUGGCAAGUCGAGUGUUAGCUCAGCUGUUGGCUGAAAUGGAUGGCAUCGGUGUGACGAAGAAGCGACAUGUUGUAGUGCUGGCAGCCACCAAUCGACCACAAGCUUUAGAUGCUGCCUUGACUCGCCCUGGAAGAUUUGAUAGGCUGGUGCACGUUCCACUUCCUGAUCAAGCCGCCCGAGAAGCCAUAUUCCAACGUCAGCUUUCUCGCAUGCAAGUGAGCUUGGAUAUCGAAGCAACUUUUUUGGCGUCCCAGACAGCAGGUUACAGUGGUGCAGAAGUCGUGAUGGUUUGUAGAGAGGCGGCCUUGUUGGCAAUCCGAAAAGCUAUUGCUGAUGGGGAAGGAGCGAAAGCGCCUUGUGCAACUCUGGCUGAUUUCAACUGCGCCCUAAGAGCUGUCCAACCUCGGAUCACCACAGAGAUGGCUCAGUUUUAUGAAGACUUCGAGAGGAGAAUGCAGCGCGACUAAGAA